CCGAAAGCAGGAAGAAAUACACUAUCUGAACAACAACCACGGGAUUAUGAUGGACUCAAUGUUCCAGUGGAAUUCAUCUUACCUGUCCACAGCCUUCAAGGAAACCUGCUCUAUCUAACUUCGCAGCUUCUCUGUCUUCCCUGGUCUUCAUCUUCAGUGAUGGCUGAGUGGAGUUGGGUGGCCUACACAGCACUAGAAGUGCUGAUUGCUUUGGCAUGUUGCCUUGGCAAUGUAUUAGUGGUGUUUGCGGUGUGUAUUGGUAUCCGGGAUUCCCUCCGGGAGCCCACCUUCUUCUUCAUUGUGUCCCUGGCAGUGGCUGACUUCCUAGUGGGUGUGGCUGCUGUGCCCCUGGCUGUGCUGUUGGAUGGCUGGGUGAGUGUGACCCCUGACCUGUGUCUACUUCUCAGCUGUGUCGUGCUCGUGCUGACCCAGGCCUCGGUUCUGUCACUGCUUGCUAUCGCCGUGGACCGAUACGUCCGGUUACACACACCGCUCAGAUACAAAGCUCUGGCCACACAGAGGCAUACAUUGAUGGCUUUGUCUGUGUGCUGGACACUUUCCUGUCUGCUGGGGUUCACCCCUCUGUUUGGCUGGCGCAACCAGUCCUCUCUAGCAUCUGAUUCCACCAAUACAACCUCUUCCUCCUUCAUUUCUCCCCCCUGCACCUUCCUCUCGGUUAUUUCCCUCCCAUUCAUGGUUUACUUUAACUUCUUGGGAUGUGUCAUGGCACCCCUGCUGGUUAUGACCCUCCUCUACGUACGAAUCUUCUGGAGCCUGCAGGGCCGUCUAAAGGAGAGCUGUCCUCAAGCCCAGGCCUCUCUGCUCAGGGAGAAGAGGCUGGCCUGCUCCCUGGCUCUGGUUCUCAUUUUGUUUGCCGGCUGCUGGAUUCCUCUGCACCUGAUGAACUGCCUGCUGUUGUUUCAUGGUCCUCAAGCUGUCACACAGGGGACACUUUAUACAGGUAUUCUCCUGUCUCAUGCCAACUCUGCAGUCAACCCUGUGGUCUACGCUUGUCGCAUCCCAAAGAUCCGACAGGCCUACAGUCAAAUAUGGAGGCACUUUAUUGUGAGGCUGAACUGUUGCCAUGGGGACAAGCAAGUUUGCCAAUCAAUAACAAUCAGCCAAGACAAUGCCACAGAGACGAGUGGAUCAAACAAAGGACCGCAGCGUUUGGUUUGAAUGAAACUCUGCACGAAACAUGAAAAGUACAAAAGCAAAACAACAAGCAUGAAACUCCUCCGUGGCAUUUGAUCUGCCUACUGCUUGUCUGCAAACUUUUAUUCAAGUCAAAGCUAUCUCGUGAGCUUCCACCAGAGGGUGCUGUGGACUAACAAACUCAUUAGCCACUGUUGCACACAAACCAUGAAACCACCAGAGCUGCAGUAGGUGACAAACAAACAAUAUCAAGACCUCAUUCACUGAUUUUCGGACAACUGAUUUGAGGCAGGUAUGACUUUAUUGAGAUGUACAUAUAUUGUGUCAUUUGACAGCUUCAAUCAAUUCAUCACCAACCUUUUGAAGCACAUAUCUACUUGCUAUUUUCUUUGUGAAAUCUACAAAUAAACGUGGUACAAUCACAAGUGUGUGUCGAGCAUUCGCAAUUGUUCAGCAAACUCCUCAGGGAAGGCAAUGGACUGUAUAGUUAUCACCAGAGCAGGGUGCAAUCCCACCCACCAAACUAUACAACCUACUACCUCACCCUGACAGAGCCCAGAUCAAAAGCACCACAUGUUUUCGUCCUGUUACGAAAUACAAAACUAUUUAACCUGGUCUAGCAAGAAAAACAAUGCUGCACGCGUACGUUUUGAUCGGAUGACACGAUUGCACAUCUGGAGAUGACAGUCGCCGAGUUGCUGACUCAGCUGUCUCCUUGGGAAAGACAGUAGAUUGUAUAGUUAUCUCGAAAAGAGGUUACACAA